AUGGCUGAAUCCACGCGCCUGUCUGGGGCGCAUGCCAUUCUCCUAGCUGCCCAUCUCUGCGCCACGGGAAACCCCUCCUCUCUCCCGCAAUUACGAGCUCGAUUUCCGACUACCUUGACGAUUGAACGGCUGUUGCGCAUUGUUCUAACAUUCCUACCUGAAAGCACGGAGCCUAAAAGCUAUAUACCAGUGAUUCGAAAUAUAGUGGACGAAUCAGUAUCUCGCUCAGAUAGUCACGAUGUCAAUACAACCCCGGUCCAAGAUCUCUCCGAAGGAGCUGCGAGGAAACAUGUACGGAAGAUUCGCUUGUUACCACUGAAAUAUCCCGGGGACGAGGAUAGUCAGGAUUCAGCUGACUUAUUGACCAUUUUUUUAAUCCACCGAGCCCACCGGAUUGAUUCGGAAACAUCUCUUCAACCACUUGUCCUCGAACUUCUCCUCCCAUUCUACCAACAAUCACCAGUUAUACAAACAUGGCUCGUCUCUUGUCUGCUGCCGGUUCUCCGGCUGAAUUACGAAUACUACCCAUACCAAGACAAAUCAUGUUCCGUGGAGACACUGGAAUCAUUAGACGAUCAGACGGCGACAAAUAUCCUUCUUUCGAUGGCGGGAACACGGAAGAAUGACACGGACCUUAUCCAGAACCUGCGUGGUCUGGUUGGGCCUUGGAUGUAUGGUAGCAACCGGCCCAGGAGGCAACGAUUCAGGCAACUGGAACGUCGAAAUUCGAUUCCUCUCUCGCAGACAGGUGUCCAUGAGUUUGAAACAUACGCAUGGGAAUACGUGAACGAGUGGCUUCUAUCACGCAGUCUGGUGGACGCGGAAGUGGUAUCCAACACCUUUAUUAAUUGGGAUGGACCUGAAGAUGUAGACUUAGGCGGCUAUGUGGGCGAACAUGAGAGAUUACCAAGCGAUCAGCUGGAACAGCUGCGCUAUCGAUAUGGACAAACAGGACUGGCAGUGAUCUACCAAAGCUCUGAAGUUUCUCUAGAAGAGUCCAUCCGUGUUCUGGAACGGGUUGGGAGCCUCUUGGGUCUGGAAGGAGUCUCUUUCACGCCAUCUGGUGGCUCAGAUCUUCCCACGGUGGAGUUCGAUGCUAGCCCAAUCCAGUCGGCAUCAAGAGCAACGUUGUUUCAGAAUGCUCUCCUUGUCCCUACAAAUCCGCUAACUUAUCCCUCGCCGUCAUCAAUUUCAUUCCUCAGUGGCCUUCUACUGUCCCUGCGCACCCUUGAAGAGCUAGGGCAUUCUAUUCCCUGCAGGACAGCGACCAAUAUCUGCCUACACAGUAACGAAGACAUGCAACUCUAUGAACUACGCAGUGUUAUGGCAUCUAUUGCACAAGCGAGAUCCGGACAAGAUUGGAUAGCAGUUCGUAGGAAGCUAUUAUGGCUGCGGGAUUGGAAAGCAGAGGCGGGGAAGUCAUCCGGCAACGAUUCUAGCUGUCAUGGCCUCUUUUAUAGGGUCCCACUGGAGAUCCUAGAAGCAGAGAUCUUGAAGGUCAUGCUUGAGGUCAGAGAGUACGAUCUAGCUGUCGAAAUCUAUACCAGAUCUAGCUCUGCGUUGUCCGCAACACAGGUGGAAGAUGCAGUCAAGGAAUCUAUGUUCGCUGCAUACGACAACGCCAGCAACGGUAAUAGAACCAGGGGUAAAAUGCAACGGGCGUACGAAAUCCUUCAAACAUUCCAACCACACUUUCCCGAUUCUACGUCCUUGAGACAAGCCCAAGCCCUAAUUUCUGCAACACAUGCUCUAUCAUUUUACUCCUUAACGCUUCAGCAUGGCGUCCCAUUCCAGCCCGUCAGCAUUCGCGUCCAUCAGGAUCCGCUCUCUUUGAUCGAAAAGAUACUCGAUCAAAACCCAAGAAGUUACGCAAAACUAGACGACCUCCUCGGUAUCGGCCGAAAUCUAGUCUUAGCCGGCUUUUCCCCACGUCCAGUUGAUGAUACCGACUCACAUUCACACUACUCACGCCGCCCAGUGCUCUCCCGAGAGGACGCCCUAGUCACUGCCGAACGGCGUAUCAUGUCGCUCGCUAUCUCGUCUGCCCUUUCCUCGAACGACUUUGGCACCGCCUAUUCCUACAUCCUUACCCGUCUCACACCCCAAACCUCUCCCUCAUCCACUACUAAAACUCCCUCCACCAUAAAGGAUGACAUCACCUGGCGUGCCGUCUACAAUGCUGGUCGCUACCGCCCCACACCAUCCCCAUCAGCCACUCCUCCAACCCUCCACGCCCAAAUCACCAACCUAUCUCAACGCAUGGAACUCCUCUCCCUCUCCCUUAUCCUAGCUCCAACCCCGGACCCCCUCCCAGAAAUCCUCGGCGCCUGGCGUCGAGCUGACGAAGAACUCUCUCUCCUCCGCGCCCGCGAAUCAGAAGAAUCAGACGCCUGGGACACAAAGGGCGACAACGCCAGCACAGCCCCGUCGUUCCUCCCUGGUGGCUUCAACCAGCCAGACACAGAGCAAGAUGCCUUCGAAACAAAACAGCAGCAUGCCCGUCGCUCAGCGCGGGCCGCACACCAUAAUCGCCUCGACUCCGAUGAAGCACCCAUGGGACUUUUCGAAGUCGCGCGUGGCGCCGCAAGGGCAUUGCAUAAGAAUGUCAAUUCCUCGUUUCCACUUAGCGGGACGCUCAGUCCCUCGGCUGCUGCGUCUGCUUCUGCUUCAUCUUCUAUGUCGUUCGUUGAUGGCGAUAUCGAGGGUGAUGAUGCGAAUGGUCUCGAUGACGGUGAAGCCGGGCGAGUGAGGAAACGAGAUGUUGUUAGUAAUAUGGUCACUGGAGGUUUGGCGAGUGGGAUUGGCUGGGUUUUGGGUGCGCAGCCGGUCAAUAUGAAUAAUACACAAUAG